AUGAAAGGCUAUCAAUCAAAAAGGUUUCUUCAGAUGCAGUCGUCUGGAAAUCUGGACAGUGCAGAACAACUCUCCAACGCUCAUUCGGCUUGGUCAUCUUCUUCCUCUCUGCAUGAAUUAGUGAUGCCUAACGGUAGUAGCAUCAAAGAGGGAAGCAAUGCUCAGAAUGCCACUUCAAGAAAGCCUGUUUUCCUGCGUUGUGUGUCAAGUUCUCGAUUCUCAGAGGCCUCUCUGGAUUCAGAUAUGUAUGGUGACUCGAGUGAUCUCUUGUCUACCACCUCAUCAUCCAUCGAAUUCACCAACAAGAACAAUGACACCGCCACCGAUGAGAAGUCAAUGAACUCCAAAAGCGAGGAUUAUCUUAAUCUCAAUCAACUCGUAAUUCAAUUCGUGUCGUGUGGCUUUCCCAUUCUAGUGUUCGAUAGCUCUCUCAUCAUUACUUAUUUAAAUCAGGAAGCAGAAACCCUCUUCAACUUGUUUUCUUUUUCCGCAUUGGGAGAACAUGUAGGUGAAUUGUUUACCUCCACCUCCUUACUCGAACUUCAAAAAGUCAUCUCUGAAUAUUUGGGGACAACCACCGACUCGGCACUUCGAAUGUCCGUGUCAGCCACUUCGAGUGUUAGCUCAUUCAUUCCUCCCCUUCAAAUCAUCCCUCCAGAGGAAAGAAGAAAAAGAAAAGAAAAACUCUCACAACAAAGCUUGAUCUUGCAAGCCAAAGCAUCCACUCUCAAAAAAGUAUUCCCAGUGAAAGUGAAAUUGGUUGUUCUGAACAAGAUGAAGAAGUUACACUUUGCAGCUUACUUGCUUCCACAGAAAGAAUCAGAUCAAGAAUCAAAAGAAGAAUCCUUUGGAGUUCAGAUUGGAGAAUCCAUUACAGAACUUUCAGUCAUUCCAAUCAUUUCCAUCACUGAGAAGGGAAUCAUUCAUACCUUCAAUUCUGCUGCUUCUGCCACCUUUGGAUAUUCCAAACAGGAUUUACUUGGAAAGAAUGUUAAAAUUCUUUGCAAUCCCGCUGUUCGUGCGAAACAUGACUAUUACUUGGAAAGAUAUCAGAAAACAAGAGAGAAACAUGUGGUCGAUUGUGUACGUUAUGUCAAGGGUCAAGGAAAGAAUGGCAAAACUCUCAAAUUAGAAUUAAGAGUUUCAGAAAUUAUUGAUCCUGUGAGUGGAAAAUCAAGUUUUGUGGGAUUCACUCGAGACACGAAAAGUAUGAUCACCAAAGAAGAAGCACUCACUAAAAUUACAGAUCAAAUGUAUCCAAAAAACAUUGCACAGCGCUUAGCCAUGGGUCAACAAGUGAUUGAUUCUCUCUCCAAGUGCACUCUUCUUUAUUGUGAUAUUGUAGGAUUCACGGCCAUGUCUAAAAGCAAACGUCCUGAAAUGAUCGUUCAAUUAUUGCAUGACAUUUUCAGUGCAUUCGAUGACAUUUGUUCGAAUUUACAAUUAGAGAAAAUUAAAACCAUUGGAGAUUGCUACUUUUUGGCAGGUGGAAUUGUAGAGAAAUCUCGCCAUCAUGCAGACAAUUGCAUCAAGUGUGGUUUAGAAAUGAUCCAAGCAGUUCAACAAUGCAAUGAGAAAAUUAAUUGGGAUGGAGAACUUUCGGUUCGAAUUGGAAUUCACACUGGACGUGACGUUGUGGCAGCGGUGGUUGGAAAAACAAAAAGAUCGUACGACUUGUUUGGCAAGAGUGUCGAAAUUGCCAAAUUGAUGGAAGCAGCAGGAGCCACUCAACAGAUUCAUAUUUCUGAGGACACUUUGACAGAAAUUCGAAGUGAAAAAUUGAAAGGUCUCUUCCGUUGGCAUUAUGAAAAGGAUGAGGAGGUGAACUUGGGAAAGAUUGGAGUGCAAACCAUGCCAGUUCGUACUUUUAUUACUGAAUUAAAAAAUCAAUAA